AUGCCUCCUCCUGUUCAAUCGGCCUACAAGCGUAUCUCUCAGCCCAAAGCCGGCGAGAAUGGAUAUAAAGAGUGUCAAUGCGGUCAAUCCGAAGUUCUACCCGCCGGUUGGAAUGGCUUCAACGCAAAGCCCCUGAAGUCAGAUAUCCAGAUUGACCACGAUGUUGAAAUUGUUAUGCGAGACGGAGUCCGCCUGUAUGCGGAUGUCUAUCGACCAGUCAAUGCAACCGAAAAGAUCCCAGCGGUGCUAAGCUGGUCAUUUUACGGGAAGAAGUACAGUGCCCUCGAUAUGCUUCCAAUGUGCGUUUGGAACUGCUGCGUCCCACGAUCCGAUCUUAGUGGCCUGGAGAAAUUCGAAGGCCUUGAUCCCGAGCACUGGUGCGCUCGCGGAUACGCAAUUAUCAGCGUCGACACCCGCGGUGCAGGCCAUAGCGACGGUCAGAUUUGCGUGAUGGGUACACAGGAUGCUGAGGAUGGAUACGAUGUGGUGGAAGCUCUCGCGAAGAUGGAUUGGUGUAAUGGAAGUGUUGGCAUGGCCGGCAAUUCUGCACUUGCAAUCUCACAGUGGUUUAUUGCGGCCCAGCAACCUCCAUCCUUGAAGGCCAUUGCGCCCUGGGAAGGGUCAGGGGAUAUUUUCCGCGAGCAAUUCUGCCGUGGAGGUUGGUUCUCCAUGAGCAACUUUGACUUGAUUGCCAAGGCUAUUGUGCGAGGUCCGGAGACUUCAGGUCUUGAGGAUUUCGAAGAAAUGUAUCGUCGCUCACCUGUAUCAAGCCCCUUCUGGGAAGACAAGCGAGUUGACAUGUCUCGAGUGACCUGUCCAGUCUUCAUCCGAGGAUCAGAUGUUAGCUCCAUUCACACUAUGGGCUCUGUCCGGGGGUAUUUGGAGGUCCCUCAUUCGAACAAAUGGAUUCAAUGGGGUAGCAAGCAAGAGUGGUAUGAGUUGUAUAGCAUACCAGAAUCCAUGCACGAGCUAGGACUCUUCUUUGACCGAUAUCUGAAAGGCAAAGAUAACAACUGGGAGGAAACACCCAAAGUUCGAUGGUCGGCACUGCAGUUUGGAGAUCGUGAGGCGAUCGACGACAUUGUUCUUGACGAUUUCCCAGCUCCCAACACGGAAUACCGACACUUUUUCUUUGGAGACAACAAGAGUCUCACGGAAAGUGCACCUUCGACCUAUCAAAAGGUCUCGUAUGACUCCGAGGACCGCUGUAGUGUUGGCGAAUUCAACUACACAUUCGAAAGGGCAAGCCGACUGAUUGGUCUGCCCAAAGCUGUGCUUUACAUGUCCUGCGAGGACCGCGACGAUUUCACUGUCUUCGUGAUCUUGCGUAAGAAGGACAAGAAUGGUAAAGACUUGAUGCACCUCAACUUCCCAUCCCACGCAACACCGGUCAAGUCGAUCGACGAGAUUCCAGAAGCAGAACAGGCGAGCCUGAAUCUCCAUUUGGGGUCCGUAGGUAUCUUGCGGGCCUCACAUCGGGAGAUUGAUUCCUCUAGGAGUAUUCAUCCUCAAUUUCCUUUCCACCCUCAUACGCGGCAAGACAAGGUGGCGCCCGGUACAGUUGUGAAGCUGGAGAUCGGAAUCUGGGCAAUGGGCAUGGACUUUGACGAGGGCGAAUCCAUCAGCGUGCGGGUUGGGGGUCAGUAUCCCAGUAUUGCGGAGUAUAAAUCGUUUUCGAAGCCCAGACCAGAGCAUGAGCUCAAUCGGGGCAGACAUGUUAUCCAUUGUAGCGAGGAAUAUCCUAGCUCCGUCAUUCUGCCCUUUAUCUGA